AUUAAUUUACCUACGAUCAGUCGACUGCUUACGUCGCUAUUGACAGUACACGUACGUAAACAAAGUUUUUCAGAUAAUGUCGCGUGUGUCGAAAAUCCUUUUAUUACUCCUGGUAACGACGUUCAGCCUCAACGUCUCAACGGAAAAUGAAGAGGGCCACUGUCGGUUCUGUUCCUGCGAGGGCCCGAACGCGAACAUAGCCUUCGACCAGCAUUCUUACGAUAAAGAAAGUUUCGUGAAGGUCGUAUGCUCGACACAUUUUCCCCACGAGGGCUUAACACUGUGUGAAGCGACCAACGCCAAGUUGGAGCCUACGACGGGCCAUGGCUGGAUGAAUAUAACAUCCGAAAAGAAAUGUCCUCUGUUGGUGGAAACGGGUCGCAAACCCCUCAAGCCCGACGCCAUGAAGUUGCUGCGCUUCGGCGAAGACAAGGCAAUUCUGAGCUGGCAGAUACAGCCGGAGCACGAGAGCAGCAAUAUCACCGGCUCGUGGCUAUUGAGUGUACUGCACUUUGAGGACUGCAGGCAAUACAGGCCAGAUUCGGUCCGUACAAGGAAUUACACACCCGCGAGCAUCGUUGUGUACGACCACACAUUUGAUGUGGUGGUCUCCAGCUUGGAGCCGGACAGUCCGUGCGCGAUACCGGCCUCGGGUUUGAACGUGCCGAGAUGCAGGUUUUCCUUCAACGACCAAGCCGUACCCACGUCGACCGAGCCCAGCUUCUGGUUCCACCAGAUCGCCCAGGAUGACGACAUGAUACUGGCCCCUGUGGAGCCGUGGUCACCGCGCAGCGGCCACCUACUGAUCGACACCUUCGUGCCCAACGACGGAACGAAUCAAUCGCGCGCGCGGGCCUCCAUCGUCCAACCGGACGGCACUGUACUAUCUUUACGCGUUUACACGAUGACGGGUUACUACCAGAAGGAUGAUCCUCACGAUAACGUGGCAUACUCGACGGCCAACGGCUUGAUCGGCAUCUGUACCUGGAGCAAUGACUACGAGUUCAUCUGCAGCCAGUUCGAUCGUCAAGGCCGUCCGACCUUACAAGUGACGCUCAACUUCAAGCGAUGGCCGACGCAAGAGUUCGCCGUGACUAACGUGGACAGCGAGCUUGGUACUGGCAUGCUGUUGCUAAGAUUGCAGUGCGUCGGUAGGCGGUACGACUGCUUCUUUCGAGAAGAGGCACGCACUGCCAUACAGAAGAUCGAAAAAGACGGCAGCGUCAAGGAUCUGAUCUACCAUGCCAUGUGGGGUUACAGGUGUGCCAGGUCAAUUUAUCGGUCCGGGGCUCAGUUGUGGGAGCAUUCCCCGCGGGGUAAAAUUUGCUUCACCCAGGUCUGCUUCAAGAAUCCAAAGAAGAACGGGUACUAUACGGGCGAAUUUUACGUCGUACCGACCUGCUGGGAUAUCCAGAAUCCAUCAGCCUUAGACUGAGAGGCGCUCGUACACUUCGACUGUAAACAUUCGGCAGAUUUUUCGGCCGACGACGAUGAUAAUUUUAUUUGAAUAUUAUACACGUGUACACACUAGUUGUUCGAUUGAAUUUGUUUUCGUCCCAUUUCAUAUACAAUUUCACACUAAUGAUUAUCAUAUACGUAUACACACUUGACAUUACUUCAAUAUGAAUGAAUAAAUACAGAUUUUUGA